CCACCCCGGCCAGCCUGAGCCCGGCACACGGCCGCCCGCGGCAGGGUCGUUGGGCCAGCCAAGUUGGAAUGGGGGCCUGCAGCCACUGCCCGGCGCCUGAGAGGCCACCUGCGUGCUAGAGGCAAACUUUUGUCUCCUCGGGUUGCCACCCAGGACUAUGAGCGGCUGAGAUGGAGACGUCUAGCCCAGCCACUGCCUUGGACAAGAAAGAAGCCAAAAGCGGGAUCCUGGAGGGCAGCGCUUUCCCCGGCCCGGGUAAAAAGGCCUGUCCUCUCGCGGUGGCCGCGGCGGCCGCCGUGGCUGCCCAAGGAGUGCCACAGCAUCUCUUGCCGCCGUUCCACGCACCGUUGCCGAUUGACAUGCGACACCAGGAGGGAAGGUACCAUUAUGAGCCUCACUCCGUCCACAGUGUGCAUGGGCCUCCCACUCUGAGCGGCAGCCCUGUCAUCUCGGACAUCUCCUUGAUCCGGCUUUCGCCGCACCCUGCUGGUCCUGGGGAGUCCCCCUUCAACGCCCCCCACCCUUACGUGAACCCCCACAUGGAGCACUACCUCCGGUCUGUGCACAGCAGUCCCACACUCUCCAUGAUCUCAGCAGCCAGGGGCCUCAGCCCCACUGACGUGACCCACGAGCACCUGAAGGAAAGGGGCCUAUUUGGCCUCGCUGCCCCAGGCACCAACCCCUCGGACUAUUACCCCCAGAUGACGCUCAUGGCUGGCCACCCUGCACCCUAUGGGGACCUUCUGGUGCAGAGUGGGGGUCCUGCUGGUGCACCCCAUCUCCACGACUACCUCAACCCAGUGGAUGGUGAUGCUGACGCACCUUUUGUUGGCUGUUGCACAGUGUCCCGGUUCUCCAGCCCCCGGGUGACACCCCGCCUGAGCCGCAAGCGGGCGCUAUCCAUCUCUCCACUCUCAGAUGCCAGCCUUGACCUGCAGCGGAUGAUCCGGACCUCGCCCAACUCUCUGGUAGCCUACAUCAACAACUCUCGAAGCAGCUCAGCAGCCAGUGGCUCCUAUGGACACCUGUCAGCGGGUGCCCUCAGCCCAGCCUUCACCUUCCCCCAUCCCAUCAACCCCGUGGCCUACCAGCAAAUCCUGAGCCAGCAGCGGGGCCUGGGCUCAGCCUUUGGACACACACCACCCCUAAUUCAGCCCUCACCCACCUUCCUGGCCCAGCAGCCUAUGGCCCUCGCCUCCAUCAGUGCCGCACCCACCCAGCUCAGCAGCAGCGGCAGCAGCAACUGUCUGACCAAUGCCAACCAGAACAAGCAGAGCAGUGAAUCAGCUGUGAGCAGCACUGUUAAUCCCAUCACCAUUCACAAGCGAAGCAAGGUCAAGACUGAGGCCGAGGGCCUGCGGCCAGCCUCCCCCCUGGGACUGACGCAGGAGCAGCUGGCUGACCUCAAGGAAGACCUGGACAAGGAUGACUGUAAGCAGGAGGCCGAGGUGGUCAUCUACGAGACAAAUUGCCACUGGGAAGACUGCACCAAGGAGUAUGACACCCAAGAGCAACUGGUGCACCACAUUAACAACGAGCACAUCCAUGGGGAGAAGAAGGAGUUUGUGUGCCGCUGGCAGGCCUGCACACGCGAGCAGAAGCCCUUCAAAGCACAGUACAUGCUGGUAGUCCACAUGCGGCGGCACACCGGUGAGAAGCCGCACAAGUGCACGUUCGAGGGCUGCUCGAAGGCCUACUCCCGACUGGAGAACCUGAAGACGCACCUGAGGUCCCAUACCGGGGAGAAGCCUUACGUGUGUGAACAUGAGGGCUGCAACAAGGCCUUCUCCAAUGCCUCUGACCGUGCCAAGCACCAGAAUCGGACCCACUCUAAUGAGAAACCUUACAUCUGCAAGAUCCCAGGUUGCACAAAGCGGUAUACAGACCCCAGCUCACUCCGGAAGCAUGUGAAAACGGUCCAUGGCCCAGAUGCGCAUGUCACCAAGAAGCAGCGCAAUGAUGUACACCUCCGAGCCCCGCUGCUCAAGGAGAAUGGAGACAGUGAGGCCAGCAUUGAGCCUCUCGGCCAGGGAUCUGAGGACAGCGCUGAGGCCAGCAGCACCAACCAGGCCGUGGAGGACUGCCUGCACAUCAAAGCCAUCAAGACUGAGGGCUCCGGGCUGUGUCAGUCCAGCCCUGGGGCCCAAUCAUCCUGCAGCAGCGAGCCCUCUCCCCUGGGCAGCGCCCCCAACAAUGACAGCGGCGUGGAGAUGCCGGGGACGGGGCCCGGGAGCCUGGGAGACCUGACAGCACUGGAUGACACAACUCCGGGGGCCGACGCCCCAGCCCUGGCUGCCCCCUCCGCUGGUGGCCUGCAGCUGCGAAAACACGUGAGCUCCAUGCACCGGUUUGAGCAGCUGAAGCGGGAAAAGCUUAAGUCACUCAAGGAUUCCUGCUCCUGGGCUGGCCCGGCCCCACACACCCGGAACACCAAGCUGCCUCCCCUCCCAGCAAGUGGCUCCAUCCUGGAAAACUUCAGUGGUCCUGGGGGCGGCGGGCCAGCAGGGCUGCUGCCCAACCCGCGGCUGUCCGAGCUGUCUGCUAGCGAGGUCACCAUGCUGAGCCAGCUGCAGGAGCGCCGCGACAGCUCCACCAGCACGGUCAGCUCUGCCUACACCGUGAGCCGCCGCUCCUCCGGCAUCUCCCCCUACUUCUCCAGUCGCCGCUCCAGCGAGGCCUCGCCCUUGGGCGCCAGCCGCCCACACAAUGCCAGCUCCGCGGACUCCUAUGACCCCAUCUCCACAGACGCAUCGCGGCGCUCCAGUGACGCCAGCCAGUGCAGUGGAGGCGGCUCCGGGCUGCUCAAUCUCACUCCCGCGCAGCAGUAUAGUCUUCGAGCCAAGUACGCCGCAGCCACAGGCGGCCCGCCUCCCACGCCACUGCCUGGCCUGGAGCGCAUGAGCCUGCGGACCAGGCUGUCGCUGCUGGAUGCACCUGAGCGCGCGCUGCCUGGCUCCUGCCCACACCCACUGGGGCCGCGGCGUGGCAGUGACGGACCUGCCUAUAGCCACGCCCACGGCCCCCUGGGUGCUGCGCCCGCCUUCCCCCACGAGGCGCCGGGAGGAGCGCGGCGGGCCAGUGACCCUGUGAGGCGACCCGAUGCCUUGACUCUGCCUCGCGUGCAGCGCUUCCAUAGCGCUCACAACAUGAACCCUGGCCAGCUGCUGCCCUGCACGGAGAGGCGUGGCCUUCGCCUGCAGAGCCACCUGAGCACCGAGGGCAGCCUGGCCCGUAGUGCCUACUCCCCAAGGCCUCCCAGCAUUAGCGAGAAUGCGGUGAUGGAGGCUAUGGCCUCAGGGGUGACCUGUACAGGGCCCGAGCCCGACCUGGGGCUGCCAGAGGACGAGCUGGUGCUGCCAGAUGAUGUGGUGCAGUACAUCAAGGCGCACACUGGUGGUGCACUGGAUGAGAGCACAAGGCAGGUGUAUCCCACGGAGAGUACCGGUUUCCCUGAGAACUCCAAGCUGCCCAGCCCCGGACUGCACGGCCAUCGCAGGGUAGUGACUGCAGACUCUAAUGUGGGACCCCCCGCCCCUGGGAUGGGAGGCUGCCAGCUGGGGUAUGGGGCACCCUCCAGUCUGAACAAAAAUAACAUGCCGGUGCAGUGGAAUGAGGUGAGCUCUGGCACCGUGGAUGCCCUGCCCAGCCAGGUGAAACCGCCACCCUUCCCCCAGGGCAACCUGGCCAUGGUGCAGCAGAAGCCAGCCUUUGUCCAGUACCCUGGCUAUAGUCCACAGAACCUGCAGCCAAGCUCGGGGGCUCUGGAUGGCACACAGCCCCGCAACGGAGCCCCCUCUGCACCCAGGGGCAACUACAUGCAGCAGCUUCGACAGGCAGCCACAGGUGGCCAGUGUGUCAGCAUGACUGCAGCUGGGAGCCCCCAGGGCAACUAUGGCCCUGCCCACCCACAGCUGAGCCCCAGCAGCCUCAAUGGGGCCCUGAACCAGUUCCCCACUUCCUGCAGCGGUCUGGCAGCCAAGCCAGGUGUCCUGGGGCUCCCUCAGCAGAUGGAAAUUGCCUCUGACCCCACCUUGGUGGGCAGCCACCACAGGGAACUGGGAAUGCCACCACCACAUCCAGCCCAGGGCUACCCACAGCAGAGCCAUCACUUGGCAGGCCCCCUGAAUCAGGAAGGCUACCGCCAGGCACCCAGCCUCCUGCCUGCCCAUCAGCCUGGCUUCAUGGAACCCCAGCAGGGCUCCUUGGGGCCGGGUGAAUCCAGCUUUGGCUUAGUGCAACCCCGGCCACCCCUUGAGCCCAGCCCUGCUGGCCGCCACCGUGGGGUACGUGCUGGGCAGCAGCAGUUGGCCUAUGCCCGGGCCACUGGCCAGACCAUGGCUGCCAUGUCAGUUAGCCAGGAGACAGCAGAGGUUGUGACCAAGGGAGCAGUGGGCACUAUCAGGUCGAUGCCUCCUCAGCUGGUCCUGCAGGAUGCAGGGGGGACACAGGACCACAGCAUGCUCUACUACUAUGGCCAGAUCCACAUGUAUGAGCAGAAUGGUAGCCUCGAAGGCCAUGGAGGUUGCCCAGCUGUGCGGCCCCAGCCACCACAGCCACAGGCCUGCCCAGACAGCAUCCAGCCCCCACCCUUGCCCUCACCGGGGGCCAACCAAGUAUCCAGCACUGUGGACUCCCAGCUCCUGGAGGCCCCCCAGAUUGACUUUGAUGCCAUCAUGGAUGAUGGUGACCACUCGAGCCUGUUCUCUGGUGCGCUGAGCCCCAGCCUCCUCCACAACCUCUCCCAGAGCUCCUCUCGCCUCACCACCCCCCGGAAUUCCCUGACCCUGCCCUCCAUCCCCACUGGCAUCAGCAACAUGGCAGUUGGGGACAUGAGCUCCAUGCUCACCAGCCUAGCCGAAGAAAACAAGUUCCUGAAUAUGAUGACCUAAGGCCCCUGGCACAGAGCAGGCCCAGAGGGGUCCUCACUUCCCUGGAGUGCAGCAAUUCCAUCCUCCCAUCCAUUUCAUCCUUUUCAAAAAAUAGUGUUAAAUCAGCCUGAAGGGUUUUUGCUAGUGGCUGGUUCAGACUACAGAUAUUUUAAGAGAGGGUUUAUGGGCAUCCUCUCUGGUCUCAUGGGACUAUUUUUUAGAACACUAAAAAUAGUCUCAAUCAGAAAGGAAAGAAAGGAAUGAAAAACUCAUUUACACAGCGCAUGCCAGCCUUUGGUGUUUAUGGGACCACUCUGUUCUGGCUUCUUCCCUCUGUCAUUUGGCUAAUGAGGGAUUACUUUGGCCAAGGGCUUUCAAGUACAUGUGGAGAGUGGGUAAGGAGCUUCAUUUGGGUUUGAAUCUGAAAGGAGUACUAUAGAUUCUGCUCUGGGAAGAUGGGCUUCUCAUUCUGCCACCUGCCAGAAAAAAAGGAAUUCUGGACUUCCUGGAUUCUUCAUUGAGCUUAAGUCUUGAGGUUGCUGAGGUCCCUUGCCAGAGAGGAAAAAAUCACAAUAUACUGGGAUGGUUCGGAAGCACAUUGUAAUUCCAGGUUUGGUAGAUUUGGCAUUUCUACCAGUUGUUAGAGUUGGAGCAUGGUUUUGGACCAACAGAUUGCCCAAGUGUAUGUGAACGAAUAAAAUUUAAAUAUUGCCAGAAAAAGGAAAGAAAUAAUGUACUAUGUGGGGCAAGUCCAGAGGCUGCCCUGGCCUCUCCUGACCAUGUUUACAGUGUUCCUGCAUGGAGAAUGUAGCCUUUCUUGUUUCUAAAUACCUCGGGGCUGCUGGAGCUGCUCUGGGUUAGAGAUGGACUAGGCCUCAAGGAGGUGGGGACAUAUCCGGGGCCCAGCCUCAGGCCACCCUAGAGCUCUCUCAGUAAGAAGAGGAAGUCACAUGUUUACCCAGUCCUGUUUCUCCAAUGCACUAUCUUCCCACUUUACCAUGGAAAACACAAGGGUUUGACAGCAGCCUCUACCCAGGCUCCCCCUCUGUGCUGAGUGGCCAUUGGCUGCCAGUAGCCCAGCGGUCCAUGCCCAGCCACAACAUGCUGUCCCAGUACCUUCCAGGCUCCUUAACCUCUGUGCCCCCACCCCCCAGUUAUUUGGCAGAGAAUGAUGACAUGCAUGGUGUUUGGGGUGAGGGUGGGAGGGUGAAGGGGUUGAUUCUUAGACUCUGAGGGAUCGUCACUGAAUUUCCCUGUUCAGUGUUAUCAAGCCUCACCUCAAAAUGGAAUUUGGAACUGGCUCCAAGAAGAUAUCAUUCCUGAAUACACUGCAGGAUGAGUCGAUGCAUCUUCUGCGCUACUACACAUGCGCACGAGCCUGUGCACACACACCCAUGCAUAUACACACAUCCCAGACUUUCUGCUAAAUGUGUAGCAACCUUGUCAAACCAACUGCAGCACUCGGAGCUUUAUUCUGGCUGUAACCUUGGCUUCAGUGAGAAACUUCUUAGCAACACCUGCAAGCAGGACCAGAACCUAAUGACCUGGGUCCACUGUGUCCCUGCACAUCAAACUCCUUGUUAAGGCCCAGAGACAAGGCCAGCUCCAAAUGACAGUCCUGGGACAUCACCAAGGCUCUGCAGCUUGUAGUGGUGUGUGCUCCCCUCCAGAGUUGAGACUGCACUCACUAUUCCCAACCUGUAUAUAUUCUGUGCAGAAGACGCCAUCCUUGAAUAUACUGUAGGUGAAUUGUCCAACCAAAUUUAUAUCUCCAAAACAUUUUUAGCUUUUUCUACAUGCUAUGAAUUGAGAUGACAUGCUCAACUUGUAAA